CGCGUGCGCGCAGCGGUCUCGCGGGGCGGGCGGCGAGGCGAUGGCGGCCAUGGGGGCGAUGGCGGCCAUGGGCGCGCUGCCGGCGGGCGCGGGGGCGCUGCCGCCGCUGCCGACGCUGGGGGUGCCGGGGGUGCCCGAGCUGAAGCCGCUGACGCGGUACGAGGCGAUGCGGCUGGGCCCGGGCUGGAGCCACUCGUGCCACGCCAUGCUGUACGCCCCCAACCCGGGCAUGCUCUUCGGCCGCAUCCCGCUGCGCUACGCCGUGCUGAUGCAGAUGCGAUUUGACGGACUACUGGGCUUUCCCGGGGGGUUCGUGGAUCGCCGUUACUGGUCCCUGGAGGACGGUCUGAAUCGGGUGCUGGGCUUGGGUUUGGGCUGUGUGCGCCUGACGGAAGCUGACUAUCUGUGCUCGCACCUGACAGAGGGGCCACAUCGCGUGGUGGCACACUUCUACGCCAGGCAGCUGACCCUGGAGGAGCUGCAUACCAUCGAGAUCAGCGCGGUGCAUUCCCGAGACCACGGGCUGGAGGUGAUGGGCAUGGUCCGUGUCCCCCUCUAUACCCAGAAGGACCGCAUGGGCGGGCUGCCCAACUUCCUGGCCAACUCCUUCGUGGGAACCGCCAAAUUCCAGCUGCUCUUUGCCCUGAAGAUCUUGAACAUGGUGCCGGAGGAGAAGCUGGCCGAGGCGGUGGCUGCUACGCAGAAGCCGAAGAAGCCGGCCAUCGACCAGGCAGCGGGGGCGAUGGGAAACGCGCCCGCCGCUAAGCAGGCGAACGAGCUGGUGGCGUCAGCUAAAACAGGCAACGAAUUGGCAGAUAGGGCAGAGAACCAGGCAGUUGCGCAGGCAGCGGCCGAGGCAGCGGAGCAGGCGGUGGCUGGGCUGGAGAGCCAGGCCGUGGCGGAGCAGCUGAUGGCUGUGCCGGGGGCUGAGGCGGUGGAGCAGCCGGUGGGGCUGGGGGCGAACGCUGUGGCGGAGCAGCCGGUAGCCGAGCCGAUGGAGUGACGCCGCCACGGUUGCGCUUGAUUAAAAGUGGGUGAGAAUAGAGACUUUCUUCUAACUUUCCAACCCGUCGCUGGCUGCAGUUGCUGCCCACGCGAUUCUGCUGCCCAGCCGGGAGGGUUUGUUUGAAGCAGGGGACAGCUAUGUAUUUUUAUGGCCAUUAAACUCUAGCGAGCUUCCCAGAUCAACCUGCACAGCCCCCUGCAGAGAGUUCAUGCACGUGAGGGCGCCGAAGCCUUAGAAUUACGCUUUGAUUUCAGGGACACACUGCUGCCGUCAGGUCCCAGUUUCAUUUUUUUUAAGGAACAAAACCGUCUUAUUUUUUAAAUGCCCCGUGUUGACUUGGACGCGGCUGUGUUUGCAGCGGACACAGCUGAGGGACGGGGCCGCUGGUCAAAGCAGCUCUGCCAGCGCCGGUGGAAGGGCUCCGGCUCAGGGUGCUGGUGCAAUGGGGCAGUGUGUCAUGAAUUCCCUCUGGGGCCUGGGGGAGCGCUCGUGUGGGUUUCUACCUGGAGAUCUGUGGGAGCAGGAAAGUGGAAUAAAUGGCUUUGCUGAA